AUGGGUGAUAAGGUUUGUGUUCCCAGAGAAUUUCCAGCAGUACCAUUACCAGCGAGACCAAAACUUAAAUUUCUGCAAAUACAUCAUCAUCUUUUCCUCCAGACACUGCCAGUUACCGCCAGUUUGAAUCAACCGGUACAAAAGCCAGAAAAUAAUCAAUUAAAACCCGUUUCAGAGGAACUGAGAAACAUGGACGUAAUUCCAUUAUUUUACUAA